AUGAGAGGAGUGCGACCAACCGGUACGACGGACGAAGUGAAAGCAGUGCUGUCCAGUGCUGUCAGAUCGUGGCCUUUUUUUUUUUUCUUUUUUUUUAGUCAUCAAGUUCCAAACCUUAUCAUAACAACGAUAAAAACGGCGGUCCGCAGGGAGAUAGACUUGUUCGUACAGAAAUUGUACACGGAUCGUGGUGGUGGUGGUGGUGGUAGGGGUGAAUACUUUGUGCCAAUUUUAAUAACAUAUCUUACAAGACAUUUAUAUGGAAAAAUACGAGUGGAAAUUGAAUUGCGUAAAAAAUAUUUUGAGGUGAAACAAGAAAUGGCAGGUAUUUCAAUGGUAGAUGAAUUUUCCAAAUAUGCUAAACUUCAGAGAAAAUGUAACUCAUUAGAAAAUCAGCUAAAUCAAAUAGAUAAAUGGAGAUUAUAUGAAAGAAAAAAAGCAAAAUUAAUGAUGACUUAUGGCUUUUAUAUUAUCAAUGGCAUAUUAGUAAUGAUUCUUUUGUACAUGUAUAAUAAUGAAUCUGUGGUGGAACUACCAAAGGAUUCAUUAUGGCCAAUUAAUUACUUUUUAAGUUGGCCAACUACUCGAGAAGACUCCAUUUCUUUAAUUAUGUGGUUUAUGAUUAUGAGAACUGCUCUAUUUAAAUGUUAAUAAAUUUCCUUAGAAAUAAUUAUUAAAUAAACUCAUCUAUAAAAAUGUAAUUUAUAU